UUUUUACAUGUUUGGAAUGCACCCUUUGAAUUCGGACUGCAGUCAGAGGCUUACCUUUAGUCAUGUGAUUUACAAGAAGAGUGUUUGGGUGGGGUGGUCACAUAUAUUACAAGAAAGAGAGAUUUGGUCAAAGACAAUACAGUAUGAAGAUAAGCUAAAAAUGAUUAUCCUAUUCAAAUCCGCGACUACACUUGUAGGUGAUGUCAUGGCGACGUUGGCUGUCAAAGCUCAGGCGUAGAAGCAAGUCAUCGGGUCUAAUGGUCAUCUUGCGCCGAAUUGCGCAUGUGCAAGCAGGAAAAUCAAAGGUAGUCCUUCGAUAUAAACUUGUUUUUGACUAAAAUUAAAACGUGUCAGUUUAUUACUUUCACGAGAUUAGUGAAAUAACAUGUUCAACUACUUAAGAAAUUGUCUCGAAUCUAGGUUUUUCCUUUUGAUUUUGUGAAAAUGAACAACUAAGGAAGAUAUUUUCACUUCUGUCAUUGACUUCUCAAGCACCAAAUCCCGGCAUGUUCUGUUCAGUCUGUUUCACAAGCGUUCCUGGAAGUCUCGUGAUGUUGCACCUCUGGGUUUAGAAACUCUGUGAUUUGGUCUAUAAAACAGGGUGUCACUCCCGGUCUACAUCUUGGUAGAGAUACAUCCCGACCUAUGGGCUCUACUUGGCUUCUAUUUUGUACAUCUACUUGUGAUUUCUGUCUGGUUGACAUCCAUCGGAAAGCUUCGUUGAUUUAAGAACACUGAGUCAUGUCUGACUCGGAGACCAUCGAGCUAGCCGCUCUGGGCCGACCCUUCCAGCUGGGGAUGCUGUAUGACUGUCGUAGAGAUGUCCUCAUUCCAGGUAUCACUCUCUGGGAUUCUGAGAUGCUGCAGAAACACAUCAAUGUUCGUCCACAACCAAACACUGACUUCAAAAUCAUUGCUUCAGACUCAAGUGAAGCCAAGUCAGAAGCUUUGAAUGUGUCUGCAUCUCUUGAGGCCAGUUUUCUUGGUAGCUUAGUCAGUGUGAAGGGUUCUGCUGAAUUCCUACAUGACAAAAAGACCUCAAAGCGUCAGUCUAGGGUUUCUCUGCAGUACCGUACCACCACUCGCUUCGAGCAGUUGACCAUGGACCACCUGGGGGCAGGAAAUGUGAAAUACUCUAAUGUCUUACAAGAGGGCUCUGCAACCCAUGUGGUGACUGCCCUGCAGUUUGGAACGCAGGCCUUUUUCGGUUUUGACCAAGAGGUUUCCUCAGGAGAGAACCACCAGGACAUCCAGGGAAACUUGCAGGCCACAAUAAAAAAGAUCCCUCAAAUGUCAAUAGAAGGGCAGGCAAAUUUGAAGAUGAGUGAGGAAGAGCAGAGAGAGACCAAUAAAUUCAACUGCAAUUUCCAUGGUGAUUUGGCACUAGAAAACAAGCCUGUCACAUUUGAAGAUGCCAUCAAGGUGUAUGCUGGCCUGCCAUGUCUGCUAGGGGAGAACGGAGAACAUGCUGUGCCCAUGACCGCCUGGCUCUAUCCUCUCAAGAACCUGGACUCUGCAGCUGCCCAGCUAGUCAGGCAGAUCAGUGUUAGCCUGGUGCGUCGCGCACAGCGACUUUUGGACGGACUCGACAAUACUGAUGUACAAUGCCAGGACAUGAUGAAGGAAGACAUGGCUAUCAAGUUCCCUGAACUCAAAGCCAAAAUCAACAAGUUCAGGGACUUGUGCUCAGAGUACAAGCUGGUGUUCCAGAAAGGUCUCUGCAAGGUUCUUCCCAACAUAAGAGGAGGAGGAAUGGAGGAGGAAGAGCUGAUAAAAAUGCUCAACAGCAAAGAACGUUCUCCAUUCCAGAAUGACCUUAUGAUCACGUACCUGGACGACAGAGAGAGAGAGAUGAAUGUUGUCAGCUCCUAUCUUGACAUAAUGAAAGAAGUACAAGUUGUGUACUCAAGCAGUGAAUUGGAUGGAAUAGUGCUUGAUAAACCAAAUGAUUUUGUAGUGUGUUUUGCAUUUUCCUAUUUGAAGGAGAAAGAAGAGUAUGUGGUAGACUUGGAGAAGUACCUGCUGGAAGAAUCGAAAAGUGAUUUUUCACCGAUACCUUACAACCCCAACGCAGCCGGGAAGACUACAGCAGAAAAGUGGUUUCACUCGGGGGAGGUAACGACCCUAACUAGGCAAACCAUAAAUCUGUUCCUAGACUUCAAAGAUUCAAACAAAGGCAGAGAAAAUCUUGCAUUCCGCAUUGCGUCAAUUCCAAACAAACGCCUCACUGCGUCCUCCAUCCAUGUCUAUGAAAGAGGGACACUUCUGAGUCCACAGUUUGAGCUGCCAUCAAAGCCAGAUGUUCCCACCAUCAAGAGUCUGGAGCAUGACUGUGUCCACUUGCAAGUCAAACCUCCCAACCUUGGUGUUACCUCUGUAGAGUCGUACCAGGUUUUGUACCAGGCUGAGCAGGCUGACUCUGAGUGGACCGAGUUCGAAUCGGAUGCUACAACUAACCAGGUCACCAUCAGUCGUUUGGACCCUUACAAAAAGUACCGCUUUAGCUGCAAGGCAGUGUGCAGACCUGGUGUGAGCCUCUCCAGUGACUGGACAGAAUACUUCAGGACCCACCCAUGUAGUCCCCCUGGAGCUCCCACAGAGAAGAGGAUAGAAUCGGGAAGUAUCAGAUACAGAUUUGGGAGGAAAGUUGAGCAAGGGAAUAACAAGGUGAUAUUGCUUCUGGGGGCCACAGGUGCAGGAAAAACAACUCUGGUCAAUGUCAUGAUAAACUACAUCCUCGGGGUAAAGUGGGAAGACUGUUACCGCUUUAAGCUCAUCCAUGAAGUGACCAAGUCACAGGCUGAGGGUCAGACUGUGGUUGUGACAUCAUACGAGCUCUACAACCAGCCAGGCUUUCAGAUUCCUUAUUCUCUGACUAUCAUUGACACACCAGGGUUCGGAGACACCAGAGGAAUGGCUCAAGAUAAAUUGCUCACCCAGAUGUUGAAGGAUUUCUUGUGUAAUCCUUUAGGGAUUGAUCACAUUGAUGCAGUCUGCUUUGUAGUACAGGCAUCACUUGUUCGUCUCAGUCCUUCCCAGAGAUACAUCUUUGAUUCCAUCCUGUCCAUCUUUGGAAAGGAUGUUGCUGAAAACAUCCUGAUUCUUGUGACAUUUGUUGAUGGGAAGCAAAUACCGGUGCUAGAGGCCAUCAAAGCUGCAAAUCUGCCCUGUAAGAAAGACAAGAAGGGGCUACCAACCCAUUUCAAAUUCAACAGUUCAAUUCUGUUCUCAAAGGAGAUGGAGAGCAGCUCUGAAGAGGAUGAUACUGAUGAUGAUCAUAAGGCCCAGUGUCCAGAGCAAUGGAGGUCAACUUUCAAGGAGAUGAAGACAUUUUUCCAAGCACUGGAAAGCAUUGAGAGCAAAGAUCUGACCCUGACAAAGAAAGUUCUGGAAGAACGUGAGUUUCUGGAGAAGACCAUGACACGCCUGACCCCUCAGAUCACAGCAGGUCUGUCAAAGCUAAGUGAGAUCAAAAGCUUCAAACAGUGUCUGGAGAACGAGAACAUGAAACAGAACCAACAUUUUGAAAUCGAGGUCAAUGUGCUGCAGCUGAAGAGAAGCAAAUUAUCCCAGGACUUUGCGACAAACUGCCAGAUAUGCAAUUUCACAUGUCACACCUGCUGCUUCCUCCCACGUGAGGAUGACAUCAAAAAUUGUGCCGUGAUGGAUGAUGAUGGCAACUGUACCAUGUGUCCAGGAAAAUGCUCUUCCAGUGACCACGACAGGGAACAAGUCUUGUUGACAUAUGAAACAAAGACUGAGAAAAAGACUAUUCAAGGAAUGAAGGACAACUUCAUGAAGGCGUGGAGCAAGUCUAUGGAAACCAAGGAGAUGCUGGAUGAGCUUGAGGAUGAGUUUCAUAUGAUUGAGGAUGCUCUGAUGAAUUUGAUCAAGAAGUCUUCUGACUGUCUCAAGAGACUUGAUGAUGUUGCCCUGAAACCAAGCUCUCUCUCCACUAUGGAGUACAUUGACAUACUCAUUCGCACAGAGGAGGAUGAACGGAAGCCAGGCUUCGAGGAUCGGAUCGUAAAGUUGAAGAAAAUGAAGAAAGUGUCUACGAUUCUGGAUAAGAUUGCAAAAGGAGAAGAUGUACUCCCAAAUGAGCGAGAAUUCCUGAAGGAAAAAUAG